UUGUUUACAAAAAAAAAUGGGAGGACCUCCCCCUCGACGUUUCGUCUGCUCGUCUGUCUCGAAACCAAAUUGUCACUAAUUGUCAAAUGCUACAUUUUGACCUCGCGAAUACGUUGGCCUACUUUUGCAAGAUUUAUUUCAAUUUCUACCAUUUCAAAAAUGCCUCUAAAGUUUGCCGCCAACUUGUCCAUGCUGUUCAAAGAGAUUCCCGACUUGGCCGAGAGAUACUCGGCCGCGAAGCGAGCGGGUUUCCAGGCGGUGGAAGUCAGCUUCCCGUACGAGUGCCCGGUCGAGAAGCUCGUCGAGGUUAAAGAGAAGGAAGGGCUGCAACAGGUUUUAAUCAACUCUUUUCCAGGUGAUGUAAAGGCCGGAGAUCUUGGACUGGCAGCUGUCCCAGGCCGAGAGAAGGAAUUUCAAGAGACUCUGGAAUUGUCCAUUAAAUACUGCACAGCAUUGAAGUGCAAAAGGAUGCAUGUCAUGGCAGGCGUGACACCAGACUGCACAGAGGGCGAGAGGCCAGCACUGCUGAGAAAAAUGGAGGAAACUUUUCUGUCCAAUCUCAAGUAUGCGGCAGAAAGGCUCAAUAAGGAUGGAAUCUUGGCACUCAUUGAACCAAUCAACACAGUUGUAUCCAGACCGGGGUACUUCCUCAGUCGACAAGACCAAGGUGUUGAAAUUAUCAAAAAGGUUGGCCAUCCAAACUUGAAGUUGCAAAUGGACUUAUUCCAUGUCCAAAUGAUGCAAGGAAACAUCACCAACACCAUCAAAGAGUUCUUCCCUUACAUCGGUCACAUGCAAAUGGCCCAGGUUCCCCAUCGGAAUGAACCCAGUGCAGAUGGUGAAGUGAACUAUGGUUUCAUUCUUUCUUACCUCGAGAGCCUUGGAUAUGACGGCUGGAUGGGUGCGGAAUACAUACCAGCUCAUGGAAAAACGGAGGACACGCUGAAAUGGCUAGAGAAGUACAGAUGAUGGAAGAGCUCUCGGCAUGGGUUGGGUGCUGUCACUUGCUAAAAAAUGUACAUUCAUGAAUUACAUGUAUAUCCAAAGACCAACAACACAAAAUGAGCCUCAAAUCACAAAUUGUCAUAUUGCAGCACAGUGGGACAAACAGGCAUGCAACUGGGAAUUUAGAAGAAAAAAACAAGGACAUUCCAAUCCACACA